AUGGCCGUGGAGCGCAAGUAUGACAACGAUCAUAUUAAACAGUCCCUGAAACAAAUUAACCCGGAAUCUUGGCUUGUUGGAAGCUUAAUAUUGCGCCGAUUACCAUAUUUUUCAGAGAAUGCUGUCUGGAACGACAGCGACGAUAACUCAAGCUACGAGUUGAAACAAGCGCCCAAUCUCUAUGACUGGACGGCCAUGGAACUGGACAGCCCCUACAUUACACUCAUCCACGAAGCUGGGGAUGCUUCCGCAGUCUGGUCUAUUGGCAACAAUGCCUUUUGCAAAGUCAAGUAUAUUGAGAGGGGCGUCACGCCUGAAUCAGUCACUUUGAACUUUGUUCAAGAGCAGAGGCCUAGUUUCAGGACGCCCAAGGUAUUACACUACUUCGUUGAUAAGGACCGGUCAUACCUUUUCCUUGAGAGACUACCAGGUCGAACGCUUGCCGAGGCUUGGCCAAGUCUGAGCAUGGAAUGGCGGCGCUCUUACGUAUCUGCUGUGGUGCGUAUCUGCAAGGAGAUGGCGGAGUGGGAGGGGAAGAUGCUCUCCGGCGUCGACGGCCAAGGUAUUCCAGAGUACUACCUCCAACCCCGCGGCGUCGACGACUUCACCUCACUUCAAGAAACAUGCGCUACAAUUGGGAUGGACUGUUCUACUUUCUUUUUCUAUCAUGCCGACCUUGGACCUUGUAAUAUCAUCGUUGAAGAUGAGCCAGAACGUGGGACAAUUGGGAUCAUAGACUUUGAGAUUGCAGGCUACUUUCCGCGCGGGUGGAUCAGAACGAAGUUCCGCAUAUCGAGUGGCAUGAACUUGCCCCCAUCAAGCAAGCAAGAAGACCCAUUAUGGUGGAGGAGACAGGUUCAGAUGGAACUCGGGGUAGAUGGGUUUGAAGAUUUCACUGAGGAGUGGCAGGCAUGGUUGGCAGGAUAG